AUGUCGCCGGGAGAAGAAACAGAGAUUCAUACUUCCAGACGCAAGCGCCAAGUUGCUUCAGAGGCUGCUGCUGCUGCUGCUGCACCGCCGGCGGCAGCAUCUGCUGCUGCUGCUGCUCCUGUUGCAGCAGCGGCCGCAGCCGCAGCAGCAGCAGCAGCAGCAGAAGGGACAGUCGGCAGCAAGCGACAGCGCAGUGGGAAGCAUCAGCAGCAGCAGCACCUGCUGCUGCGCCAACCAAAAGCAGAAACGAAGAGGCAGGCGUCGGGGGCCCCCGCAACUUUUUUAGGGAGUAAAUGGAGUCAUGAGGGACAAACGCAGCAGCAGCAGCAGCAGCAGCAGCAGCAGCAGCAACAGCUGCAGCAGCAGCAGCAGCACCAUUUUCCAGACUCUCCAAGGGAAGAAACCGAUACAGAAGCAGCAGCAGCAUGUGGCUCUGCUCUCGAGGGAUGUACUGCUUCGGCGUUAGUAGCAGCAGCAGUAACAGCUUUGGCGCAACAGCAGCAGCAGCAGCAGCAGCAGCAGCAACAGCAGCAACAGCAGCAGCGUCGUUCUUUAAAGGAGGAUGAAAUGUUUCCUGUGUCCGCCAGCCGCAGGAAUUUCAGCAGGGAAGUACCGCCGCCUACCCCAGCAGCGACAGCAGGAGCAGCAGGAGCAGCAGGAGCAGCAGGAGGAGCAGCAGGAGGAGCAGCAGGAGGAGGAGUAGGGGCCUGUGCAUCUGAUGCAGGAGACUCAAGUUUAGGUGUAUGUACACCCAAAGACUUCGGCCUCGCCUGUUUAAACCGCAGCGACUUCGAGUGCGAUGUCCCCGGCGUACGGUUUGAUCAAAGAGAUAAGGCUUGGCUAGCAACGUGGCACGACGGACGGCGUCAUGUAAAGCGAUGUUUUGGGGUUAAGAAGUACGGCUUUCAUCGCGCGAAGUAUUUAGCAAGAGCAACAAAAGUUUUGUUCAUUAGUGGGCAGCAAACAGAAAAAAAUAAAGCUGCUGCUGCUGCUGCUGCUGCUGUAGCAGCUGGUGCUGGUGCUGCUGCUGCUGCUGCUGCUGGUGGUUCUGCUGCUGCUGCUGCGAGUGCUCCUGUUGGGCCUCCUGGGUCUCUGGGGGCUUCUAAACUUAACAACAGAUGCAAUCAUGCAGAACCAGCAGCUAAUGCUGCAGCAGCAGCAGCAGCAGCAGCAAAUAUGGGGGGAUUCGCAAGACAACUGCAGCAGCAACAGCAACAACAGCAGCAGCAACAGCACCGACAGGCGCCGUCAGCUAUGCAACUGAGGGAUGAUGUGGGAGAAAAGGGACCGCAACAGCAGCAGCAGCAGCAGCAGCAGCAGCAGCAGCAGCAGCAUUUGCUGCUGCUGCAGCAGGAGCAGAUGUGGGCUUCACCAGAGCUGCUGCGAGCAGCGGCGGGGUUGAUGCUGCCGUCUCCUCCUAGGACACCUCUGUCAGGGGAUGCCAGCAGCAGCAGCAGCAGCAGCAGCAAGGGAGCUGCUGCAGCAACAGCAGCAGCAAUAGCAGCAGCAGCGGACUCAGAUAGUUGCGGGAUGGAAGCAGCAGCAGCAGAUGCAGAUCUGCUUCCAGCUGAGAUCGAAGCAGCAGCAGCAGCUGCAGCAGCAGCAGGUCGCAAGGGAAGUUGGUGGCGUGGGAGUUGUGCUGCUGACUCGCCUGCUGCAGCAGCAGCAGCACCCAGUGCAGCAGCAGCAGCAGCAGCAGGCAGCAGCAACAGCAGCAGCAGGGGCUCCUCUGAGGUGUCUCCUGAGGAGUAUCUGCGUCUGUUAGAUGCGCUGGAUCGGCUGAAGUGGGAGACAGUUAGCGGCGAAGAAGCAGCAGCACUUAUAAAUGAAAUACCUCGUGUUCGAG